ACAUCAAUGCUUAUAUAAAAUGUGUAGGAAAACAUACAUAUGGGGAUAAUAAAUUUACAUGUACAUGAUACAUAUGAUGUGCACAAUCUUAUAUGUUUCACAUUCUUUUAUUUUUAAACCUGCGUAUAUAUAUGUAUGUGUGUGAUGGAGAGGGGUGUAUAUAGCCCAAAUCAAAUAAACCUUAAUUAUUAAUCUCAAAUAUAAUUUGAUCUCCCUUCUCUUUCUCUGUGCCUCAUAUGGCGCUCUCCUCUUGUUGGGUGUAGUUAUUUGAAGCCAUACAAAACACAAUAAUGGGAGAGCCAGCAACGGAAGAGCCAAGCCGGCUGAGCACCGCAAGCCUAUCAUCAUCACCUUCAAAUCAUACACCUUCUCCCCCACCACCAUCGUCAUCCCUUGUUGAGCCGUCCAUCACUAAACGAAAAGGUAGGCCAGAAAAGGUCAUCCGUGUAAUGCGUUCUGUUUUCCGGUCAUUCCCAAUCAUCACCCACCCCGUGUGCAAGUUCCCGUCAAUACCCUACGGUGCAAGAUUCCUCGACGGAAGCCGUGGUGGAGGAGGAUCACGCGUGACGGGGACACUCUUCGGGUACAGAAAGGGGCGUGUUAGCCUCUCUAUACAAGAAAGCCCCGGGACAUUGCCAAUGUUGGUGGUCGAGAUGGCGAUGCAGACUUAUGCAUUACAGAAGGAAAUGAGCAAUGGGAUGGUAAGGAUAGCAAUGGAAUGCGAGAAGCGGCCGACGGAUAAGGAUACAAAGAUGUUGAAACUUCUGGAAGAACCGGUUUGGACAAUGUUUUGUAAUGGGAAAAAAUUAGGGUACGGGAAGAAACGUGAGGCAACAGAGGAGGAUUUAGGCAUCAUGGAGUCCUUGAAGGUUGUUUCAAUGGGUGCUGGAGUUUUGCCAGGGAAACCAUAUGUCGAUGGUCAAGACGGUGAGAUCGCUUACGUUAGGGCACAUUUUGAUCGGACUGUGGGGUCCAAGGACUCUGAAACACUGUACAUGAUAAG